AUGGAUCAGCUAUCGAUUGUGAAACUCGCGGGGAACACCGUGCUGCCGUUGGCCUACGUCGUCACCGCCGCGCUGCUCGUGGUCGCCGGCUAUUUCUUGGCCCUGAAAACGCAGACAUCUAUGUUGUUUUGCAAAGAUGGGAAAUUCAAACAAUUUCUUAUUGAAAAUGUACCUGUUGUCAAUGAAAAAUAUUUACCAUCAAUUUGGGGUUUUAAUGGUUACACACACACAGUAUUGGCCACGUUAUUUAGAAAUAUGAUUAUACCUACAGUAGUUUAUGAAAGGGAGAUACUGACGUUAAGCGACGGCGGCGAAAUCGCUAUCGAUUGGCGAUAUCCGAAAUCCGAUGGUCCACAAAGUUUAAUCACUAUCGUCAUUCUCACUGGGAUAACGGGUGAUAGUCAGGCUGAAUAUAUCAGAGAAACGGUAAACAAACUGUUUGAAAAGGGUUAUUGUUGUGUCGUUUUCAAUUACAGAGGCCGAGGUGGUGUAAAGCUCAAGACUGCCCGCACGUAUUCGGCGACCAACAUCGAAGACCUGACCGAAGCUUUGAAGCACGUCAAGUCCAAACGGCCAAACAGCCCGAUCGCUGGCAUAGGAUUCUCGAUGGGCGGAACGUUACUGGGGACAUUUUUAAUGUCACGUGAACAGGCGGAAAAUAAACAUUUAGUCACGGGAAUAUUGAUUUCAGUGCCUUGGAAUGUAACACAGGCUUGUAAAAACGCCGAAGGUUCCUGGCUGAUGCGAAAAAUGGGCCAAAAUUUAUCACAUCACUUACGUAAUGUCGUUUUGAAGAACAAAGACAUAAUUUUUGAUCAAGAUAAUAACACCUCAUUGGAUUACAAUAUUAUUAAACAGUGUAACACCAUCCGAGAGUUCGACACAGCGUAUACCAUUAAAAUGUUCAAUUACUCUAAUGUAUACCAUUACUACGAGGAUGCAUCUUUGAGCAACAAACUGCAUCUGAUCAAUGUGCCUUGUCUCUGUUUGAGCGCAGCUGACGAUCCGUUUCUGUAUUUCAGAGAUAUUCCCGUGCAAGAAGCCAACCAACACGACAGUUUGGCCAUUCUAGUGACUUCCGGAGGCGGUCACGUGGGUUACAUGGACACAUUUUGGCCAUUCACCAGCAAUAACUUCAUGUUGAAGCUCAUCCAACAAUAUUUCGAUGCUAUUAUGGUAGACCAGAAUUAUGAAAGAUUUGUUAACUAUUAAAUUAUUUAUUACGUUUA